GCAAACAGUUUAACUGCAAUUGUGAUGUGUAAGAUGAAAAGUGUGUUGCAGUGGACAAGAAGUGACCUGAAUGCUGUUUUGAUCCACGGAAAUGACCUGUACAGUGCAAUGAGAGACGCAGGGAAGAUCAACGAUCCUGAAUCAGGCUUCAUAGCUGUUCAUGAGCUACCAGACACACACACUCUGAAAGAUUGUCAGUUUACAAUAAACUAUGGUGAAACAUUGACUGGCUUGUUUGGUGUCAAUAAAUAUGAUGGUGAACUACGAGGGUAUGCAAUGUCAUUUGAUGAAGCAGUAAAUCGAGCAUUCCAGAGGUUUGAUGCAUGCUUAGUGAAUAUUAAGCUAACCAUAUGUGCAGCUGUCAGAGAAGGUUCCUGGUAUGCAGUGAUUGAUCCACAUUCAAGACGCUUUGAUGGCAGAUGUGUAGCUGACGGUAAGAGUGUAGUGGUUUACCAUCGUGACUUGCAUUCUCUGAUUGUUCAUUUCCGGAAACUCGCUGCGUCUAUUAAUGCACGUUACCAUGAGUUUGAGGUAACUGGGGUCAAUGCAGUUAUGAUUGACAGAAACGAUCAACAGGGUAAGCCAUUCUGUCCAGUGAUCCAGAACACUGAACGAGCAGUGAAAGAGAGUGAAGGUGAUGUUGGCUGCACUCAAUCUCUGAGUGAUUUUGUAAACUCUGUGAACGAAACUUGUGUAGAACAGAAAACGGAAAUGGCUUCAUACACAGCUCAUGGAAAUGCAGGUGAUGUUGAAUUUAUUUCAGAAAGUGCCAGUGAUUCUAUACAGUUUAGUCCAUUAACACUUGAGCAACAAAAGAGUGUUUGCUUAAAGCUGAAUAUUGCAAAUGUUGUAAAAAAACAAAAGAAUCCAAAUGUGAUGCCAAUGGAAAUUUCUGAGCCUUGUGAAACUAUGAAAAUUGUUAAAGACGCAAACUGCUUUUUUCGAGCCUUAGCCUAUGGUGUAAGUGGAACGGAACGAGAACACAGAAAAGUAAGACGGGCUGUAGUUACACACAUACUGCAGAAUGAAGAAAAGUAUGCACAGUAUCUCAGACAAGGAUACAGCUCUGUACCAGAGUACAUUGCCACAUCAAGAAUGAAAUUUGUUGGAAAUUGGGCAACAGAGAUGGAAAUACAAGCAGCCAGUGAUUUAAUUGGUGUAGACAUUCUUACAUACAGUCAAGAGAAAUGGUUUAAGUUUUCAUCUUCAAAUGUGUCCUUUAAUACACAUGGCUGUCAAGACAUCAGCAUAUAUUUGAAACAUGUGAAUAGCUGUCAUUAUGAAGUCGUCGUAUGUGGAAAAAGCAAGGACGGUAACUGUGCUUCCCUUUGUAAAUCAGCAAUUCAAGAUCCAUUGUUUAAUGUAGCAACAAAUGUGUCUUCAGAGUCAUGUGAGGAUUAUAAGAAGAAACUUAAAUGCAACAAUAGUCCUGAGUUCAAAGAAGACAAACAAGUGAAGUCAAAGAAAAGAUUCCAUGAGGACGAAAGUUACAUUUCAAUGAUGAAAUCCAUCAAUAAAAAAUAUAAGAAAAAUGGAAAAGUAAAGAAAAGUGUGGACAAAUCAAAUGACAAAUCCAAUGAUGUACACUGCGAAGCUGUGUCAGAAGUGGAAGUUGAUAUUGCCUGCAGUCAAUCUUUGAGAGAUGUUAUAAACACAGAUAAAGUAUCUGUGAACGAAAUGUAUACGGAAAAAAAAACAGAAACACCUUUUUUAUACCUAACAAAUGAAAAUGCAAGUGAUGUUGAAUUUAUUUCAGAAACUGCUACUGUUUCUUUACAAAGUGUGGAAAAGUACAAAACAAAUGACACAGAUGACCAAUCAGAUGAUUUAAAGUGCAAAGCUGUGUCCCAAAUGGAAGCUGAUGUUGUCUGCAGUCAAUUUUCGAGUGAUUUCAUAAGUACAGAUGAAGUAUCCGUGAAUGAAAUGUGUGCUGAACAGAAAACAGAAAUGCCUUCUUUGUACCUAACAAAACAGAUUGCAGGUGAUGUUGAAUUUAUUUCAGAAACUGCCACUGUUUCUUUUCAGUUUAGCCCAUUAACAGUACAGCAACAAAAGAGUGUUUGCUUAAAGCUGAACAUCGUAAAUGUUGUAAUAGAACAGAAUAAUCCAAAUGAGAUCGUUGAAAUGGCUGAGCCUUGUGAAACGAAAGAAAUUUUGGAGGAUGGUAAUUGUUUUUUUAGAGCCAUAGCGUAUGCUAUAAGUGGAAGUGAAGAAGAACACAGAAAAGUAAGACGGGCUGUAGUUACACACAUACUACACAAUGAAGAAAAGUAUGUACAGUAUCUCAGACAAGGAUACAGCUCUGUACCAGAAUACAUUGCCACAUCAAGAAUGAAAUAUGUUGGAACUUGGGCGACAGAGAUGGAAAUACAAGCAGCCAGUGAUUUAAUUGGUGUAGACAUUUUUACAUAUAGUCAAGACAAAUGGAUAAAAUAUAAAUCUUCAAACGUCUCCUCUAAUAGACAGAGCUGUCAAGACAAGGGAAUUUAUUUGCAACAUGUGAAUAGCUGUCAUUAUGAAGUUGUUGUAUGUGUAAAAACCAACAACAAUACCUGUGCUUGCUUUUGUAAAGCAUCUUCUCAAGGUUCAACCUAUUUAAAAACUAGCUCAGACCCACGUAAGCUUUAUAAGCAGAGACUGCAAUAUAGUCGUGAUCAUGAUUUUAAAGAAAAUAAAAAAAUGGAAACUAAGCAAAGAUAUGAUGAGAAUGAAACUUACAAAGAGACAAAAAUUAAAUGCAGUACUAAAAAGUACAAGGUAAACAAAUGGCAUCAAGAAAAAGUACGCAAAUACAGCACAGAUAAAUACAGAUUGAAUGAUUUGCAUUGUGAGGCAGUAAAACAAUAUAGUAUACAAAAGUACCAUACAGACAAAGCACAUAAAGACACUGUCAAACAGUUGAGUAUUCAAAAGUAUAAUGAAAAUAUAGCACACAGAGAGUCUGUCAAACAGUUGAGUAUUCAAAAAUAUUAUGAAAACACAGAACACAGAGAGUCGGUCAAAAAGAUGAGCAUUCAGAAAUAUAAGAAAAAG